UUGGUCGUCGCCAGCAACGAACAUACACUGUUUGUACAUAGAGGAACCAGCAGUUUGGCCAGUCAGAGCCUGACAAAAGCGAUUUUAUGAAGCUGUACGUCAUGUGCUGAGUUUCCACAUCUGGUUUUAUACGGCCCUAGGUAGACGCGUAGCCGUCUUCUGUCGGCAUGAAUCUCGGGGACGGCCUGCUUUUUGAACUUGAAAAUGGAAAACCCAAGUUGAUUUUGCUAAGUCAUGGUGUUGAUAAAAAUCCAGCAAAGCUGUCCUUCAGGCCUGGAGCAGCAAACAUCCUCAGCUGCCGGCAGACCUCCUGUGUGUCAGAUGUACAGGGGGAGGAGCGUCCACCCCGACAGCUGGCAAUGAGGCACAGAGGGGCCAGGAGUAAGGCAGGAGGAGCAGGUGCAUCUGUCACCUCCAAUACUGAAGGGAAGAGUGCCAGCUUGACUUCAAUGAAAACACAUGAUCAUCACAAAGUUGGCAUCGUCAAAGCUGUGGCCAAGGUAAAGUCAGACAGGCAGAAACACAGUAUUACUCUUGGGCCCCUGAGAGCCGGUGAGAAAACGGUACAAGCGGGAAACACUAGGACUCGAGGAGCUGGAAAGGCAGGAUUUAAAGACCCAGCAGCCAGUAGGGAUGCAGCACUGAAGGACAGCAUGGUGUGUCUGACCAGUGAGCAGCUGCAGCACAUCCUCAGCACUGUCCAGACCUCCAACAAUAUGCAGCACCCACCAGAGGAUGACAAGACUCAAGGAAGCAAUGGAAAUCAAACAAGCUCAAAAUCUGGCUACUCACAGAAUGAAGGAGGAGGAGGCAAUAUGAGGGAGGAAGACAGAGGAGGAGGAGGGGAGGGAAUAAAGAAAGGAGAUGGAGAAGGAACAGAUUCAAUGGGACCCUCACAACAGAAAGACAACAAGUUGUCUGGAGGUAUGUUCAGCUGGCUGGAAGAGCGACAGUCAGACAGCAAGGCAGCCAUCGAAGCUAAGAAGGCUCAGUGGAAGAAAGAACUCGAUGAACAGGUGGCCCUAAAGCAGCAGCAACAUUCAGCACCCAGCAGACUGCAGGCUGAGGAGGACACACAGAGUGUGUUAUCAGUGCAGAGCUCGAUCAGCCACAAACAGCAGCCGCCAGCCAUCAGAUCCAGCCUCAGACUCGGGGAGGUCACUCCGAUGGAGGAGGAGAUGCUAAGUGUGGAGAGGAGAGAAGAGCAGAAGAGGUGCUGGUUGGAGGAGCUGGACCGUCAGAGAGAGGAGAUGACUGAGCGCAGGAGACGAGAGAAAGUGCUGCAGAGUCAGGCGGAGGACCACGAGCUCUGGGCUACACAUUUUGACUCGCUGCAGAGGAGGCCGCCUGUCCAGCCUGCAGUUCCAUCAGCGCUGCCACCGGCUCAGUUCAGCAGCUCUGAUCGGGGAGAGUGGGAGCCCUUGUCAAGCCUUUCCCUUAUCUGGGAUGCUACGAGCAGCUGUGGAGCAGACAGUGUCGCAGGAAACAGUGUGGAUACAACCCGUGGGUACCCAACCAGGGCCAGCUAUCUGAGGACCAUGACCUCCCUGUUGGAUCCUGCCCAGAUAGAGGAGAGAGAGCGGAGGAGGCUAAAACAGCUUGAACAGCAGCGAGCUAUCGAAGCCCAAGUGGAGGAGCGUCGUCUGCAAAGGGAACGAGAGGAGGCGAAGAGGAGACAGGAGGAGGAGGAAGAAGAGAGCAGGGUGGUGCUGGAAAGGGAAAUGCUGCAGAGACAGUAUGAGAUGGACACACUGAAGGAGAGGGAAAAGGAGCAAUCGAUCAAUCAGGAGGAGCAGCUAAAAAAAAGCAGCCAUGAUGGCAGAUUGCAUCAGGAACUGGAGUCCAACGCAGUUACCAGGCAGGCUGAAGAUUUGGAGGACACCAGCACUUCGGGUUCCUCUUACAAAGACGCUGCUGUACAGACAGAAGCUGCUCCUUCUCUGCCGCUCAGAGCUCAGACUCCAGAUGUCUCAGCGCAGCCUCCUCCAUCUCUGCCCACCACUGCUCCUCCUCCAAACAGCAGGAGCAGAGCGUUGAGAACAGGGAAGGAGAACAUUUGUCUGCCAGCAGGAGGAGACCCAUAUGAGCCGUUUGCCAGGACAGAGAAGAGCAGGAGGGACAAGAGGAGACCUGAGUGGAACACUCAGAGGCCAAACCGUCAAUUCGUUCCAGCCUCAGAGCGUUACCCAGCUGCUCUGCAGAGGAACAGACAGGAGAGUCGACUAAAGAGGCAAGCUGAGCUCCUCGCUCUGCAGGAGAGGACCUGUCUGCCGAGGACCGACCCUCCUCUUCCUCCUCCACCCCAGGAGCUUCGCCUGUGCCCUGACAUCAUGCAAACCAGAACCAGUCCCACCAGGAAGGUGGAAACCAACUCCAGAGGGCACAUCAUUUCCACAGGCUUAAACGCUGAAAGAGGGCGCUCUCCUCCUGUCCCUGCAGUCAAACACAGAGCGCAGAGUCAGCAUGCCUCCAAUACUCUUCCUCUUGUCUCGGAGUUCAUUCCUUACGUCAGGACUAAUGAAGUCUUCAACCUGGACCCUCUGGAGCCCGCUGACACUCCUCCACCCCUCACACACUCAGGAGCGCCUCCUCCAUCACAUCGAGACCCCCUCCUCCACCCAGAGCUGCUUCGUAACACCCACAUACACCGACAGCAGGAGAUCCUCAGAGGCCUGGCUCAGCUCCGCCAGGGUUUGUUACUGAAGCAGCGGGAGCUAGAGUCAGAUCUGAAUCCUUCCCGGAAGCAUCGCGACGAGCACCGGAUUCCCUCGACAUCACACCGCACGUGACCUCCGACCUGUGUCAAAUAAAACCUCAGCACUCUCA